UUAUUUGCAAAAUUUUAUAAGAAAAACACUUUUUUUUCAAAACUUUUGGACUUUUUAAUUUACAGAACAAAAAAAUAAAAAUCCCAGUGGUGAAUGAAUACCACCAAAAUAAAGCUUUAUCUGUCUAAAAAAAAUGCUAAAAAAUUCAUAUGGGUACAGUGUUGCAUGGCCGCGCAAUUGUCAUUCAAAGUAUGAUAGCGCUGAAAGCUGGCCUGGACAGGAAGGGGGUAGAAGUGUCCGGACUGGAAGUGGUUAAUGAGGGGCGAUCAAAGGGUCAACUGUGUGCUGUUUUACUUGUGUCUGUGUGCUUC